CAGAUGUUGAAAUUGAAAUUCCUUCUUCUUCACCGACCAGGAUAUUUCGCAAACGGAUUUAUCUGAAGGAGAAAAUUUCAGGAAAUUGUAGAGGUUGUUUGAAACUAGGCCGAAGAUUGGGCGCCGAGUCAGUCUAGUGACGUCAUACCACGAGUGUGUCUUGAUGCAAGUGAGGCUCUGUCAGUGACCACAUAGACUUUGCGAGGAGUAAGAGCAAUAAUGUGUUGGCUCUAUUUAUCACAAAACAAAUCUAUUAAUUCUCAAUUCAUGGAACUUAUAAGUGGGGAUUAUCUAUGUACACUUUGACGUAUUUAGUUUUGUAGUUUUUGUGUAGUUCUUUACCGAAAAUCUGUGAUUAUUUUUUUACAUUCGUCGCUCCGAACAGCUGAGUCGAUCAAGAUGGAAGAUUUGAACGGCACAGUUGACGAGAGUGUUUCAUGGACAAAUAAGCCGAAAGUUAUUAUAAUCGGCGCUGGAAUAGCAGGGAUAGCUGCCGGGGAGUAUUUAGCUAGAAAGGGGCUAACGGAUUUUAAAAUUCUCGAGGCCUCAAAUCGAACGGGGGGAAGAAUUUGGAGCGUUGAUGUUGAUGAUGAUGGACAUAAAGCGGAAAUGGGAGCCAAUUGGAUCCAUGGCAUCGAGAGAAAUCCAAUAUACCAAAUAGCCGAUCAAAAUCAUCUGUUAGAGCUGCGACACGCAAAUAGAAAUCUACGUAGACGAGAUCUACAUGCCACAGAAUCGGGAGAUAUAGUUGGCGAUAAGAUGGUUAAAGAGGUGGAUUUCUCUUAUGGAAUGUUAAUCGCAGAGUGCGAAGAUUACUUUCAUUCUAGCAUGCCUACGCCGGAGGAAGGAGAUAGUGUCGGUGCUCAUCUCGAACGAGAAUUUCAAGAAAAAUUGGAUAAGUACUCAAACGGUGAUCGUCGUUUCCGUCAGAUGGUCUUCGAUCAGAGAAUACUGUUGGAGUGUUGUAUUACUGGAUGUGAUAACAUGUCAGAUGUGUCGUUAGAGGAGUUUGGAUGUUACGAAGAACUACCCGGCGUCCAUUAUACUAUUCCUCCUGGUUUCGAAGCCAUUUUAGAAAUCCUUAAAAAAAAUAUUCCGGAAGAAAAUAUCUUGCUUAACAAACCUGUUAAAACAAUUAAUUGGUCCCCUUCGGAAAAUAACAAAAGUGAAGAAGUUUGCGUCGAGUGUGAAAAUGGUGAAAAAUUCUAUGCAAAUCACGUCAUAUGUACUGUGUCGAUUGGCGUCUUAAAGGCGGCGUGUGAUCGCAUGUUUUACCCCCCGUUACCUAAAGACAAACAACAAGCUAUCCAAUCUCUCGGCUUCGGUAUCGUGGAUAAAGUGAUAUUAGAGUUCGACCAGACGGUCGUUGAUUCUGAUGUUUUCAGGAUUGAACUAUUAUGGGAUAGGGAUAAUGUGAAGGAGAAGGAUUUGAGAUAUACGUGGAUGAGGAAAAUAUACUCAUUCGAAGUUGUACAUGAAAACAUUCUAGUCGGUUGGUUGUCUGGUAAAGAAGCGUUGUACAUGGAGUCAUUGACAGAAGAUCAAAUAGCAGAAGAUUGUCGAGAUCUUUUACGUAAAUUCCUCAACAGAAACGACAUUCCUCUUCCAAAACGUGUAAUCAGGACCCGGUGGGGUAAUAACCCGUAUACAAGAGGCUCAUACAGUUUUCUGGCAAUUGGUGCUCGUCAAAAAGAUAUCUAUACCCUACAAGAACCGCUCACAGCUAGCGGAUGUGAUAAGCCGCAAGUGCUUUUUGGUGGAGAAGCGACGCAUCCAACCUUUUAUUCUACGACUCACGGAGCUUUGUUAACCGGUUAUCGAGAAGCACAACGCAUUGUGAAAUUACACUCCGAGUGAUCUCCCCUUGAUUCAACGUACAUUGUUUUACCCUGUGUUGAUCGAUUGAUGAUGAUUAUUAUUAUUUUUAAUUGUAGUAUCAUUCGUUUCUUCUUCCCUCGGCAAGUCAAAAUAACGAUACAUCUAAGGGGCUGUGGAAAUCGGCUACCAAAUAUUUUUUUGAAGCUAAAAUUGCAGAACAACUGCAAUAAGAUUAAUUUUAUAUCGGAUUAAGUUGAUUUCAACAGGUAGUCAGACUAUCGACCACAGUCCUUAAUCAUUUAUGCAUGUAUGAAAAUAUAACAGUCGUAUAUUUAUCUUCAAGUUGUGUAUGUGACAUAAAAAAAUUAAUUACCUAAUAUAUAAUUAAUAUUCAAUUUUAGUUUUGUCGUUAAAAGUAACGUCGUAGAUUAUUUUUAAAGUAUUAUUUAAUUAUGUGCUUUUUUUUUCUUUUUUUUUUUUUCGUAGGCUUUUUGUUAAAUUUGAUUGACUUUUAGCUCCUGUUUUGUCAUGUUCUGGUUGGAACAGAAAUUGGGUCAAAUAUUUUAUAGUUAUUGAUGGAUUUGUAUGUGAUGUCAUCUUUAUUUCUCGUAGAUUUGUUUUUUUUAUCAUCAGAAAACUGUUUUAAAUAACGUACAUCUUUCGAUUUGGCUUAAUUAUUCAUUCAUGAAUAACAGGAAUUCGAAUUAAAGUCUUUGUAUUUUUCGGACGAUAUGUAAUUUUUCCUUUUUUAAUCUGAGCUAUUAACAGUUUAUCGAAAACCUGUGUAUAUCAUCAGCAGUCGAUGACAAAUGUUUAAUUCACCUUAUCGUCGUGACGAUCAGAGACGACAAAUACAAGAUAAUUAUAUGGUGUUUAACAAAUUGAUGAGUUUAAUAUAGUGAGUGGAUAACCUCAAAAAUAUAAUUUGUAUUCUGUAGAAAGUGACAAAGUUAUUCUCCUGUUUGUUUGUAUAAUGAGUUCCUGAAUUUACUUUUUAAAAUGAAAAAAGAUUUUAUCCGGGAGGCAAAAUUCUAUCAAUCCUUGAUGUUUGGUUGAAGGGAGAUAACUCUUAUUUAUGAUGAUAAUCACUAAUUGAGAAGUCAGUAUUUAUAACAAAGAUGUACAUAUUAUAUUAUGUUAUCAUAAUUAUUAUGAAUAUUUUAAAAUCUACGACUAUUUAAAAUAUUUUUUAAAAAAGGAUUAUUGUCAAAUUAAUUAUUUUUUAAAAAAGGAUUAUUGUCAAAUUAAUUAUUUUUUGGGGGCGAUUUUUGUUGUCAACAUCCGAAACGCACAACUGUGAACAUACCAUUUUAUAACAAAUUAGUUCUGGUAUGGUCUGCUGUAAUGGAGGCUUUACGCUAACUCUGUCUACCUUCCUCCCAACACUGCUAUUGUUUGUGCGAACUGUAAAAACCCCUGCAUUUGAUCAGGAUUGUCUGCCUACUCUCGUGGGUUUUAUCCCGGGUUUUCCAGUUUUCUCCCACUGCUGAUGAAUUAACAAAUUAUUAUUGUAAAAAUACCAUAUGUUAGUCCCGAAAUGACAUGUUUUUUUCUUGGAAUGGGUGUUAAAUUUUACUUUCAUUUUCGGUUGACUGUUAUCAAUGAAUGUAAGAUUAUCAGCCCACAAAACAAACCUAUACAUAAAGUAGAAUGAAUGGACAAUUUUAUUUUUUAGGUAAAUGAAAGAGAUUGCGUUAAUUUUACUGUUAUAUAUUUUAACAAUCUUCCCCGUCUCAUCCCGGUUUUAUAAACCUACUACCAGUAUAAUCUCUAUCAAACUUCACACCUGUAACAGGUACUUUAUCAGGUACAAAUAAUUACACAACCUUUAUAUUUACCUGUGAGAAUAUAUUUACCUGUGGGUAUAUAUUUACCUGUGUGUAUAUAUGUACCUGUGGGUAUAUACAUGUAUGUACCUGUGCGUAUAUAUUUACCUGUGGGUAUAUUUACCGUGUAAUUAUUCGUGUCUGACAAUAUCUGUGACAGAUACGUCAUGUCCAAGCUUACUAAUAUCCAAUUUGUUUGAAAUUCCACCCUAAAUUUCAUUUUGUUUAUUUAAGUAAUUGUCAUGAUCUUCACCAGAAGUUUUAAAUAAACGUCACAUCAAGGGUGGUUAUACAGGUAAACUUUAACCAAAUAACAUCAACUCUUUCAACAAAUCUCUUCUGAACCGCUAAACGUAUCCACAUCAACUCUUUCAACCAAUCACUUCGGAACCGCUAAAACAAAAUCUUUAUUUACUGAAGAUCAACCUAAAAAAAAAAAAAAAUUUAACUGAGAAAACGAAAUCAGGUUUGAUCAUGAUGAGAAAUUUCAGUUAUUUUCGUGUCCUUUGAGCCCUUGAAUGCCUCGUAACCACUGCUCUCUUGGACAUCUUCAACUAUCUGACUUGAAUAGCUGAUGAAUUAUUUAAGAUUGUUAUAGUCUAGUUAAAAGUAAUCAGGACAAUUUUGAAAAUUAGCUCCAAAACUCGAUGUAAAACCGAUCAUUUUCUUAAAGAGAGGUACCCAGCGUUAAAGGGUUUAAGCAUGAAAAAGUAUUAAGAUUUUUGCAUACAGUAAAGGACUAGUAUGGUAAAGACUACCCGUAGUAUGGAAUGGAGACUUGUACGACAAAGACUAGUAUAGAGAUUAUAGAAAUAUACCGGUACAUAAAAUAAUAUAUUUACCUGAACUGUCGAAAUAUUAUUUUACACAUAAAAGUAUAUUGAUCUGCAGGUAUAUAAAUUUAUUUAUUACAUACCUGUGGCGUAAAUCUACCUGUGAGUAUAUCUACCUUUUGGUAUAUAUGAACCUGUAAGUAUAUUUACCUGUGGUUUUAUCUACCUGUGGGAUUAAAUUUACCUGUGGGUAUAUAUUUACCUGAGUAUAUCUACACCUGUGAGUAUAUCUACGUCUGUAUAUAGUCAUAUGUGGUUACAUUCACCUGUGAGUAUACCUGUGAGGGUAUAUAAUUAGCUGUGGUUUUAUGUACCUGUGGUUAUUACAUAUCAGUAAAUCCAGUCCCCGUUUAAACUUAAUUUUAAUUCAACAUCAAACAUAUUAUAUUUGUUUUACUUAUUAGAUGUUUAUGUGAAAUAUCUGAAUUUUUUUUAUUUUGUGUGUUUUUGUGAGUAUUGAUUAACAAACCAUAUUUUCUAGCUCUGUAAAUAAGACAUUUGUUGGCACUGCCAUGGUUUUUCAAUGAAAAAUUGGAUGCAGAUUGUGUCUUACUUAAAAAAAAAAACCUUAAAAAGAUGGUAAAAAAUAUUUUUAUUAAACCGAAUUCAACAAAUUAAAUGUUGAAACAUAGAAUAUACGAUACCAGGACCAGGAGUAAAUUAAUUCUUGAAUCAAAGCUAUAACAACGUAAUUAUCUUUCAACUUAUAAUCAUGUCAAGUGUGACCUGAAGUUUCCGAGGAGAUCAACUUUAUUAAGAAGGAGGGGACCAGGUUGACUGGGGUAAGGAGAGUGGGGGGGGAAUCAUUUUCUAGAAACAAAAAUUCAUUUAACAGUAAUUGAGGGGGUGAGGGUUGCCAUGUGUAACUCAUGUGAAUUGUCAACCUGCUUUGUCUGAGAUGCAUUGAACUAACUCUAACACUUUUAUCUUUAUAAACUAUCCUUUUGUACAUUGAAAUGUUGAUGCAAUAAAAUAGGUUUAAACUAUCGUUACAACCGAGAUUAUUAUUUUAAUUAGAUACAAUGAUACAAUAUAUUAUUAUCGAAUCGUACCAUUAUAUGAACGUGCCAGUUGUACAUUAUUUAUUCUAUUUGAAAUAUUGUACGAAUUUUAUGAAAUGCACGUCCGUAUAGUGUAUAAGUUGAAAUAUUCAAAUGCAAGGGUGGAUUUGUGUCUGUAUUUUAAGGUGUUUAAUAGUUUGAGCAAGGAAUUGUGUAAUAUAUUGAUACGACACUCAGUUUAACGCCCUCGUACAUUAUGAAUAUAUUUAAGGUCUGACUGUGGAUCAUUAAAACCAUAUAGAAUGGUACCAUAUAUAUAUUAUGUUCUCUUAAAGUUUGUGUUUUUAGGUAGAGUGAUGAGGCAUAUCGUUACUAUUGUUCCUUUAUCUUACAAAUACCUGUAUGAAAAAACACUUAGAAUCACUUUAGGUUAAAUCGUAUGGAUUACUGUAUCUACCAAAAUAGUAUUGUGCUACACAACAAUGUGAUAUUUUUUGUUGGGUUAAGUAUACCAUACAGGUAAAUCUAAACAGUUUGAUAUUUUCAAAUAUAAAUAUUAGUUUCCCUUGUACUCAAAUUGAUCCCUGCAUUGGCCGAGAAAGUUCAACCAGAUGCUGGCUCGCUAGCCUGGAGGUCGGGUGUUCGAUCCCUGCAUUGGCCGAGAAAGUUCAUCUAGAUUUUCCGGCGUGGUUCCCCCUUGUCAGUGAUGCAGGACGGAGGGCCUGACAAGGAAAGCUGUCUAGUCAUUCAGAUGGGACAAAAAAAACGAGUUCCCGUGUACACAUUGGCGUGCACGUAAAAGAUCCCUUGACAGUUGGAAUUCGAUAUAAGAGUAGGCCGUAGCGCCGCUGUCCAGGCAAAAUUUCCCUCAAAGCACACUUUAUGGCGUAUGCCCGUCUUCAUUAGCCCAGUUCGGAGCAGAACAAUAGGACGUUAAACCCCAUUUCGUUUUGUACUCCAAUUGAUUCCGAAAAUAUUUUAAUGAAGUAAAUAAAAUGAGAAAAUCAAUGGUAGAUAAUAUCCUGACUUGGAUCCAGUCGAAUGAAGAAGAGGCCUAUCAAAACAUUGCCCUGACACACACAGAUGGCGCUGUCUUAUAUUGAAUUCCAAGGGAUCUUUAUCGUGCACACCAAUGUGUACACAGGACCUUGUUUUUUUUUCAUCCCGUCCUAAUGACUACAUUGUUCCUUGCCAGGCCCGUGAAGGAACCGUGCUGGAUAACCCUAAUGAACCCCAACGCUGGGAUCGAACACGGGACCUCCAUGUUAUCGAGCCAACCUGUUACUCACUAAACCACUGUGGUUUCUGUGUUGUUGCAGAUGAAGCCAAAUGUUGACAGAAGUUUCAAUUCCACAUAUCUUUGUAAAGACUGAAAGGAAUUCAACUAUUUUUCAACUUUGAUUAUAUUUAGUUUGCAAGAGAUUAAACAUCACUCAACUGACAAGGGAAUUGGAUGGUCUAGCGGUUUGUGCGCGUGAAAUCACAAGGGUCUGUCAUUAAGUGGUGAUGUUUUGAAUCCCCGCUUGUUCGUGACAAUAAAUAGGGUCACCUGUCCAACAGUGUGGGUUUUCUCACGGUCCUCCGGUUUUCUCCCAUUGCUAAAGACCCCCCUAGUAUUGAAAUAAAAUUGAACCAUAUGUUAUACCCAAAAUGACCUAGUUUGUGUCGAGUUAAACUCCCAUGGAAAGGUAUCAUAUUGUUGUUUACCAAUAUUAAAUGAUAAUCCUUCUAAAUAAAUCAUCUUCAAGAAUUAUUAUUUUUUUUAUAGACAUUUAUUACUACAUUUUCAAAAUUGCCAAUAUUCCUAAAUUUAAAAUACUGAAUUCUUAAGAGAUUGUCAAUCCGUUAAAAUAAGAAUCUUACUUUAAAUCAGAUGGUAAGUUUUAAAACUGUGUAUUAAUUUAUUAAAGAUACAUUAUGUAAUAUUUAGGUAAAGAGCUGUAAUAGUUUAAAGAUAGAUAAUGGAAAAUGAAUAUAUUGAACAUAUCUGGGCAAAGAUAUGACUGUUUGAAUGAUAUUUAAUCACUGAGACAAGUCCCGAUUAUUUUAAAUCUCAAUAGUUGAUAAUCUAGAGAGUUGAUAUUAGACAUGUCGAGUGAAUAAAUAUCUAACUGAAAGUUUAUAUAAUAUUUAAAGACAAAAGAAAAAUCUGUAAUACACCGCUUUAACUCUUACAUAAUGUAUCUUUAAAAGAAAAGAAAAUGACUCGUAGACUUAAGUUGUAGACUGUCAUAUUUAAAAUGGGUGUAGAAAAAGAUAUAGGACUCUAUUAGAUUCUCAAUAAGUUGAUUAUCGGCGCAUGUUGGCUAUACUGGAAUAAUUCUUCAUAAUACGUUUAUUAUCCCAUUUCGAGACUGACAUUGUAAGCAAAUUUCUAUGACAAGUGGGGAAUUUUGCCCAGGCAGCAGCAAUUUGUAUUUCCCCAUCUUAUUUGAGAUCAAUUUGUCAUCGCAUCUUUUUAGAUGUACUGACAGUUUAUACACAAGAUUUCAGUUUUUUGUGGUCGAUUGGUUCACAGUACGUUUUGCCCAGGCAGCGGCAGUGUUCUUUCCCACUCUUUGAACUCAGUCUGUCAUGACAUCUUUUUAAGGGUGGACUAACAAUUCAUACUCGAGACUUGAAUUGGUUCAUGAGACGUGUAUUUAUAGACAAGAUAUCAGUGUUUGUUGGUAUCUAUAGCAACAGGAAUAUUGGUAUAAAUGUAGAUAUAUUUGGUAUAAAUGGUAGAUAUUGGUACUAUGUAUUUAUCGAUGUGGGUAUGAUGAUUAAAUAAAUGAAUUAUCUUUUAA